AAAGUGUUUUUACUAACUACUAUGAAUUGAAUUCAAAAUGAAAAAAAGAAGGAAGAGGAGGAGUAGUCGUAGUAGUCUCCUAUUUGUCAACAAUCGGUCUCUGUCUCUCCCGUGUCACCAUCUGUCCACUCCCACUUUCAUUGGCUCAUGUCCACCAAAAAGAAAGCCAAAUGUCUCCAUCUCCCUUACCAUAUCUAUCUCUUCCGUUCUCCUCUUCUCUUCCACCGCCAAUUUCCUCCUCCUCCUCUUCUCACCAAACCUUCUCUUAUUAAUAUUAAUCCCCACCUUAAUCCUACAUCAUUAUUAUUAUAAUACUCCUCUCUUCUCUCUCUCUCUCUCUCGCCGUAUUUGUUCAAUCCUCAGCUGGAAAAUAUAAAGAGACCAGUCAACAUGACUCGGCUUUUUCGAUCCAAAUCUUGUGGAAUCGUUGGACUCACCGAAUUCAACACAGUUCCUCCGCCGAGUCCAUUUCUCGAAGAUGACGACGAAGAAGUAGAAGAGGAGGAGGGCGACGAUGAGUAUGAAGACGAGGAAUAUAAUGGCGCUUUGAGAAACCCGAUAUCGACUCCAUUUAUUAGCCCCGGCUCGAGAUUUGGAGGAAGAGGAGGAGGAAAUGAGCGAGGUAGACAAGGGACUAAUCAGUUCGCUAUUCUUGAUAUUUUGGUGGCGGCGUUAAGGAAGUCACUCGUUACGUGCAGUGUGGAGAGGGAGGAUGUUUCUUCCAUGGAUAUUAGCUGGCCUACUGAUGUUAGGCACGUCUCUCACGUGACUUUCGACCGCUUCAACGGUUUCCUUGGCUUGCCUACUGAAUUUGAGCCUGAAGUUCCCAGGAAGGUGCCCAGUGCCAGUGCAAAUGUAUUUGGAGUGUCUGCCAAGUCUAUGCAGUGUACUUACGAUGACAAAGGGAACAGUGUGCCAACUAUCCUUCUCAUGAUGCAAAAACGACUAUAUGUUGAAGGAGGCCUUAAGGCAGAGGGAAUAUUCCGAAUAAAUGCUGAGAAUAGCCAUGAGGAGUAUGUUAGAGACCAGCUAAACAAAGGUGUAGUGCCACGUGGAAUAGACGUUCAUUGUUUGGCAGGUUUAAUAAAGGCAUGGUUUAGAGAACUACCUUCUGGGGUACUUGAUUCUCUUACAGCAGAACAGGUGAUGCACUGCAAUACUGAAGAUGACUGCACUCAACUUGUAAAGUUACUUCCUCCAACAGAAGCUGCACUUCUUGAUUGGGCCAUCAAUUUGAUGGCAGAUGUCGUGGAGCAUGAACAAUACAAUAAGAUGAAUGCCCGAAAUAUUGCUAUGGUCUUUGCACCCAACAUGACCCAGAUGGCCGAUCCUUUAACGGCAUUGAUUCAUGCUGUGCAAGUAAUGAACUUGCUUAAGACGCUGAUCUUAAAGAACCUUCAUGAAAGAGAGGAUUUAGCUGCCAAGGCUAGGUUGAUUUCUGCAUGCUCAGAGUCCCCAGGAGAGAAGAAUGAUCCCUGUCAACCAAACUUAAGCAGCAAACCCUGUAAAAUAUCUCUGGAUGCUUGUGCACCUGAGCUACCCACCACCGGCGAGUUCUUGACGUCAGCUACUAUGAAUACUUUAGAAUCCAAUGCCAAGGAGAAAUAUCUGAGCUAUCAGAAGAAAAAUGAUGACGAAGAGGAAUUAAAGUCCAUUUCAGGUAGCAGCCCUUCUUCGUGUGAAAUGGGAACCUUAGAAAAUGGAUGUAAGAGCGAAUAUGAUCAUGGAGAUUGGCUGAAUUUGAGAAAAGGGGUAAGGAGGCUAUGCAGGCAUCCUGUAUUUCAUUUGAGUAAGCCAGCUAAGAAGAGUCAAGGUGUUGUAUUGUAAAUAAUUGAGGAGGAGGUGGGAAAGCUUGGGCAUGAUUCUACUGAUUGGCUUCUGAUACGUUCUGUUUGUGUUUGAAUUCAUGGGUGAUUGUGUAAAAUGGUGUUAGUAAUAGAUAUCAGUGUUUGCUUAAUUCUUUAGUCAGGAGAGGGGGGAAAUCUUAUUUGUUUGGACGCCCAAGCUAAAGUUCUAAAGCUUUUGCUAAAAUAGACAAUAAUCCCUCGAGGGAGGAGAGGACCCUCACUCUGUAUGAUUUAUGAUGCAACUUUCGUAACUGUUAAUAACAAUGUUGGGGGUUUUCUUGAA